UGUGUGUGCGGCUCUUUGUCACCGAGAGAAACAAGUACAGAUAAAAGAGAACAGAUCACUGAAUCCGUCAUUGACAGACUUUAUUUCUAGCUUUGUUUAUUUCUUAUGGGUCUUACACUUAGCGCGCUCUUCUCCAGUGGCCCAGGGAAAAGGCAGAUGAGAUUGCUGAUGGUUGGUCUGGAUUCAUCUGGAAAGACUACAGUGCUCUAUAACCUCAAACUGGGUGAAGCUACUGCCACCAUCCCUACUAAUGGCUUUAAUGUUGAGACUGUAGAGCACAAAAACAUUUCCUUCUGUGUGUGGGAUGUGGGAGGACAGAAGGCUAUUAGACCGCUCUGGAGACACCACUAUGAGAGCUAUCCAGACACCGUGGGCCUCAUCUUUGUGGUGGACAGCAGCGAUCGUGAGCGCAUCCAGGAAGCUGCUUUAGAGCUGCAGAUGAUGGUAAAUGGAUCCUUCAUAACGUUCAUGAUGUGCACUUAG